UUAAUGUGAAUUAAUUGAUGCGGUAUGUAAGAGUUCGCAGCAAAAAAAAUGAUGAGAGGGAGAGCAUCAGUGAGAGAGCGAGGGCCGGAGAGGGUGAUCGGGACCAGAGAACAAGGACAAUGGACAGCACAGCGGUAUGAGUGGCUUCAUCGUGAGAGCAGGAACCAGCAAAGGGAGUACUAUGGGGGUUUUGAGAAAAGGAUAUACAACCAAGCAACCCCUUUCUUCUUCACAAAUUUUCCAGAUGAAUGGUCUUUUGAACAGAUGUGGAGUACGUUCAACAGAUUGGGAGAAGGCAGGGUUAUUGAAAUUGAAUGUCCCAAGAAGAGAGACCGCAUGGGGAGAAGAUUCGGUUUCGUCAGGUUCUUGGAGGUGAAAGACGCUGGAGAACUGGAGAGAAAGCUAAAUCAAAUUCAAAAUGGUGGGUUUAAGCUUCAAGCUAACAAACCCCGUUUUGAGAAAGCAGAGAAUCAGAACCACCAUCAAAGAAAUAUGGGAACCAGGGCACCAAAAGUGGCCACGCCAAAUGCAGGAGCAAAAAGGAAUCUGACUUAUGCAGAGAUAGUCAAAGGAAACACUGCAGAUUAUCAAAGUACGGGACAAAUAGAGGGACGGUACCAAGGUGCAAACAUCAGAGAGCAAAGAAAAAGGUUCAGAGCGAGUGUUCAAACGAAGUGGAGAUGGAAGCCAAAACAACAACCUCAAGCAUGGUCAGGAAUGGAGUUUAAUGUGAAGCAGAAUGAGUAUGAAUGGCUGGAGAAAUGCUUCGUAGGAACAGCUCGCUCGGUAACUUUGAUCCCAACUUUGCAAGAAAAAUUCUUUAUGGAAGGAGUCUUUUUCUGCAAAAUCAAAGCAAUGGGUGGUAGGUUGGUCUUGUUGGAAGGACAUGAGUAUGAAGAUUUGAAAGAACUUACUGAAACUGGCCAAGAUUGGCUAGGUCAAUGGUUUGAGGAAAUCAGACCAUGGAAACCAUCGAUAGUGGCAGCGGAAAGGUUUGCAUGGAUUAGGUGUGUGGGUUUACCUUUACAUGCAUGGAAACCGGAAUAUUUCCAAUCUUUUGGAAACCUUUGGGGCACCUUUGUUUCACUGGAUGACAGUACCAGUGGGAAAAUCCGUCUUGAUGCCGCCAGAUUUCUAAUAUCAACUCCAAUGACCGAAUUCAUCUCAAAGACCCUAACCAUAAAGAUAAAUGGGAUCCUAUACAAGGUAAAAUUUUCAGAGGAGGAAUCCAGCAAUGGUCUAUAUAUAAGGAAUUCAGAUUUCAAGAUAAAUGGGGGCAAUGAGUAUGGGGAUAAAAGAUCAACAGAAGCUUCUGAUGAGGAUACAGAUCAGCCUUCGUGUGACAUAGAUUCCGAGCAAACUCAGUGUGAUGAAGAAGAUGAUGACAUGGCAAUAGAACUACGUGUUCCGGAGACAGAUCUUGAAGAUGAAGCAAGAGGGAUUGACACGAUGGCACGCUUGUCAGUUGACAGCUCAGCAAAAAGGUCGGUGAAUCACCAAAAUAAGCAUAAAGGUCUUGCUAAAGGGAUAGAAGAAGAGGCCUCUGUGACAGGGGAACCGGACGAAUGUUUUCAAAAUGCAAACGAGCUUACAACGGGUGGGUUGGAAGGUUCAACAAGAAAACAUUUAAUGAUUGCUGGGCUCGAGGAGGAGAGGAGCGGAAUGGGAGCAGAGAUGGAUGCCAGCGAGGAAAUCAUUGGGAACAGGAAGUUUUUCAAAAAGGGGGCAGAGGAGGUAGCUUCACAAGCAAGCAGUGCAGAGUCUGCAACGGACAAGUCUUCAGCCGCUGAUGUAGAAAUGCAAAGGAAAGAGGGAGAAGCAAUUGAAAUGAUUGGACCGGUAAGGAAAAAGAAUUCGGAGAAUGGGAGAAAUGGGCCUAAGGAUGAUGGGCCAAACAAUGAAGAAUGUUACUCAAUAUCUUUGGGUAAGCAUAAUGGGCCAAAUAUUGAAGACCCAAAUCCAACUUCUCGGAGUAAGCCUUCCAAAGUGGUCAAAAAGGCAGCUGCUCACGUGAGGACUGAUAAGGAAGACAGCUUCUGGAAGGAUAUGGCCGACGACGCAGGGGAGAUGCCGAACUGGACGAAAAAGGGGGAGGGAAAAAAGAAUAAUCAGCAGAAACGAAGAGUGAAGACCUGCAGAUCUGUCUACAUGCAGGGGUUAGGCGGAUGGGGGAAGAAAAGGGAGGUAAGAGAACUGGUGAUAAAACACAGGGUAGAGGUCUUGUUUUUGCAAGAAACAAAAAUGGAAAUAGUUGAUAGAAAACUAUGUAGGAAACUCUGGGAUUCAGAUAACAUGGAAUGGGUGGCAAAAUCUGCAGCAGGAGCCUCGGGAGGAUUAAUUAUCAUCUGGAAUAGUGAAAUAAUCAAGAAGAUGGAUGUUUUUGAAGGGGAGGGGUUUAUAGGAAUUCACGGGUUAUGGGGUCCAAAUGAGUACCCAUGUUUUUUGUGUAAUGUGUACUCUCCAUGCGACUUGAUAAAAAAGAAAAUUCUGUGGAGGGAUCUUGAACAGCUGAUAAGAAAUUACACGGGGUGCUGGUGUUUGGGGGGUGAUUUUAACGCCAUCAGAUGUUCCCAAGAAAGUAAGGGGGGUAAGAGCGUGAGGAGAGACAUAAAGGGUUUCGAAGAGUUCAUUGUGAAGAAUGGCUUGCUGGAUCUACCUCUGCUGGGAAGGAAGUAUACAUGGUACCAACCAAAUGGCCGGUGCAUGAGUCGCCUGGACAGAUUUUUAUUCAAUGAUGAAUGGCUAUUGAAAUGGCCUGAUCUAAAACAGUGGGGACUUCAAAGAUCUCUGUCAGAUCAUUGUCCGAUCUUGGCAAAAAAUGAGGUAAGGAAUUGGGGACCAAAACCAUUCAAAUUCUUCAAUGCCUGGCUACAUAUCCCGGGGUUCACAGAUAUGGUUACAGCAAAAUGGAAGGAGUUAAAACUUCAAGGCUGGGGCGGAUUCAUUUUAAAGGAGAAACUGAAGAUGACAAAGGAUUUUCUCCGAGUGUGGUCAAAAUCCAAUAUACAGGAAGUGGACAGAAAAAUUGAGCAGGCCAGGGAGGAGAUAAACAGAGUUGAUAGCAAAGGAGAAACAAGCAACUUGUCAAAUGAAGACAUUAUCGUUAGGAGCUCUCACUACACUGAGUUGUUAAAGAAUAUGCAGUUGAAAGAAGAGAUGGCUCAACAGAAAGCACGAAAAACGUGGCUGAAAUCAGGAGAUGCUAACACCAGUUUUUUCCACAAAUGCAUCAGAGGAAGAUGGCGGAGAAACGAAAUAAAUGUAAUUUCUGUAGAAGGCAAACAGCUGAGACAAGUUGAAGACAUAAAACAGGGUGUUAUGAAGUAUUUUGCAAAAUUAUUCACUGAUGAGGGAUGGCAAAGACCGACUUUAGAGGGGCUGAGUUUCAAAACUAUUUCAGAGGAGGAUAGACGCAUGCUCAUUCAACCUUUUACAGAAGAGGAGGUUAAAGCUGCGGUAUGGAAUUGUGAAAGCACCAAAGCACCGGGUCCGAAUGGUUUUACGUUCGGGUUUAUAAAAAAUGAAUGGGAGGUGAUUAAAGUAGAUAUCAUGGACUUUCUCAUGGAUUUUCACACAAAUGGAAGGAUGGUAAGGGGUUCUAAUGCUUCGUUCCUGGUUUUGAUACCGAAGAGAGAGAACCCUCAAGGCAUUGAAGAGUAUAGACCCAUCUCCUUAAUUGGCUGCAUGUAUAAGAUUCUUGCCAAAGUGUUAGCUAACAGACUCAGCAGAGUAUUAAACACAAUUAUAGGGGAGAAUCAAUCUGCUUUCAUCGAAGGAAAACAACUGGUUGACAGUGUGGUUGUUGCAAAUGAAGCAAUUGAUGAGGUGAGGAAGAGGAAAUCCCGGUGUUUUGUAUUCAAGAUUGAUUUCGAAAAGGCAUAUGAUAAGGUGAGCUGGUCUUUUCUGGACUACAUGAUGGAGAAAAUGGGAUUCGACAAAGUAUGGCGGGAGUGGAUUGCUGAAUGUUUAAGAUCAAAUACUGUGUCCAUGUUACUUAAUGGAAGUGCUACAAAAGAGUUCUCGAUGUCAAGAGGGCUGCGACAAGGAGAUCCACUAUCUCCAUUUCUGUUCUUAAUGGUGGCAGAAGCACUAAAUGGACUAACUUCGGCAGCAGUAGCAAAGGGUUAUCUACGUGGAGUAAAAAUAGGAAAUGGGGAGUUAGAGAUCAGCCAUUUACAAUUUGCAGACGACACAAUCUUUAUGGGUGAGGCAACCGAAGACAAUAUAUGGAUGAUUAAAUGCAUCAUGAGGGCAUUUGAAUUGGUGUCAGGCCUGAAGGUAAAUUACAGAAAAAGCUCUUUAAUUGGAGUCAAUACUGGUGAAGAAUGGACUAGAAAAAUGGCAUGGUUGCUGAAUUGCAAAACUGACUCCCUCCCUUGCAAAUAUUUGGGCAUGCCAUUGGGAGCAAAUCCAAGGAGAAUAGAUACAUGGAAACCCAUAAUCGAAACCUUCAGAAGAAAACUCUCAGUCUGGAAAGGAAAAUUCUUGUCUCUUGGCGGAAGAAUCACCCUCAUAAACUCUGUGCUGUCCAGCUUGCCAGUGUUCCUGAUGUCGCUAUACCUUCUCCCUAAACAGGUAAUUCGUGAGCUUGAUAAAAUUAGAAGAAAUUUCUUAUGGGGAGGAGUUGGGGGAGGUAGAAAGAUAGCUUGGGUGGCUUGGGAGAGGGUCUGCUGCGGAAAAAAAGAGGGAGGUUUAGGAGUAAAAAAUCUUAGAUGGUUUAACAUGGCAUUGCUCGGGAAAUGGUGGGGGAGAUUAAUAGGGGGAGAUAAGGGUUUGUGGUCUAAGGUGCUGUUAGAAAAAUAUGGCGGCAAGGAAGGAAAUUGGAUAUCAUGGAUGAAAGAGGGCAGGGGAAUAGGAUCACCAUGGUGGAAGGAUAUUUGCAAAUUGAACACAGGAUUAAGGAAUAAGGAUGGAUGGUUACUCCCAAAUUUCAACUUAAAAUUAGGGGAUGGGACGAGUGUCAGGUUCUGGUUAGAUGUAUGGGUGGGUGAGGAUUCUUUAGCUAAUGUGUUUCCGAGACUGUUUUUGCUGGACACAGACAAAAACUGCAGCAUCUAUGAUCGAGGACAAUGGUCUGAUGGAGGCUGGUGCUGGAGAUUCCAAUGGAGAAGACCAAUCAGAGCAUGGGAGGAGGAAAAACUACAACAAUUGAUUGGGACCAUAAAUCACAUAAAACCAGUUCAAAACGUGAAAGACACAUGGAGAUGGAGGCCUGACAACGAAGGAAAAUACACCACAAGGUCAGCUUAUGAGCAGUUGGCAAAGAAAGAGGAAAGUACACUGAUGGAGUACAGAAAGAUAUGGAGUGCGCAAGUCCCUUCAAAAGUGAGCGCUUUUUCAUGGCAAAUGCUUCUGGACAGAAUUCCCACAAAGGUCAACUUGGCAAAGCGAGGCAUUAUGGAUGACAACCAAGCACAGAUGGCAUAAGGGCUCAAAAAUUAUGAAAAAAGGCUGGAAUAUGGUAUGGUUCACAAUAGUAUGGUCAUUGUGGUUGUCUAGAAAUGAAACAGCCUUUCAACA